AUGGAAAAUCCAGAGAUUCCUGGCGAACAAGGGGAAGCGGAAGUACAUCCAUUGGGGUUAUACGAAGGAAAGAGGAACGAGAAUGGUGAUAGACAUGGUCACGGGAAAGCUUUGCUUCCAAAUGGCGAUAUGUACGUUGGAUUAUACUGCAAAGGAUUGAGACAUGGUCGCGGACUAUACGUGUUCAAAAUCGGUGCCCGAUACGAUGGCGAAUGGAGACAUGGCGUUAAGUAUGGUCAAGGGACUUUCUGGUACCCUGACGGGACGCGUUAUGAGGGUAAGUAUUCCGCAGGCGAGUGGAAACGAGAUACUAGGUACGGGUUUGGUGUGUAUUAUUAUAUGAAUGGAGACGUCUACGAAGGCUCCUGGAAGAAGAAUCUUCGACACGGCAUGGGGUCCUAUCUUUACGCAGAUACGAACACGAAAUUCAUGGGCACGUGGAUCAAGGAUCGUAUGCAAGGGCCUGGACAACUAAUCCAUCCCCGACAUCGGUUCCAUGGAUCUUGGGAACUGAAUUUGCCUUACGGUCGUGGAUGCUUCACUUUUGAAAAUGCUUGUAUGCAACAUGGACAUUAUGUGCAUCUGAAAGAUCCUGAUUAUGACGAGGCAAAGGAAGGACCUGCCGAGGAAAAAGCAGAAACUGAACCAGAUAGAUUAGGAGCUGAAGGUGCUGCAGAACGCGAAAUCGAAAAAUUAGAGGAUGCAGAGACUGAGAUUACCAAACCAGAAGAAACUAAACCUGAACCAUUCGAACCGCCUCGUUUGAAAAAAGGAAUAAUUGCAGUAUGGCGAGCACGCUGCAUUACGCCAUAUAAUCCUGAUUUAUUGCCACCUGAACCAGUUCCUCUACAGGAAGAGGUAUCCUUGGAUUCUUUGGUAGAUAAAUGUUCAGAAGAAUUAGUAAUGGCACCAGAACAAUACUUAAAAUACGAGGACGAAUAUGAAGGUGAAGACCAAGAAUAUUAUGAGGAAACUAACUAUCAUAGACCAUCCGUUGAAGCAAUAUAA